AUUGCGUUGCUGCUUCCAUCUCGCGAUCGCCAGAAGCUUUGGGAGGGAUGAUGUCAGCCGGACCCUGAUCCUAACCUAAUCUAUACUCUAGCGCUGUGGAUUCUCCACCACUUGGAACGCAAUUUGGGCACACGAGGUACUGUACAUUGUAUGCCAAUAGAUAUCCUCAAGCAGAUCUGAUCACCAAAGUCGCCCAGUAAACUGAAAAACUUGAACCUGUGCAACUGAACAGAUACAUAAACUUGAACGAACACAAGCCUCAACAGAAGCCAGUGACGAAUCAUCCCUCGUAAGACUGAACUGCAUCAAAGCUCAAAAAAGCAACUUCGGACCCAACCCUGGAACGGCCCACGACCCCCACCAUGGCGCACCCCCAAACCCCCCUCGCCGCCCCCACAAUCUACUUCGGCUACGGCUCAAACCUCUGGCUGCACCAAAUGGCCACCCGGUGCCCAACAGCCGCGUACCUGGGCGUCGCGCGCCUGCCGCACUACACCUGGCUCAUCAACGACCGCGGCUACGCCAACAUCGCCAACGCCUCGGCGCGCAGCUACGCCGACGAAGUGUACGGGCUGGUGUAUGCGCUGCAGCCCGAGGACGAGCGGCGGCUGGACCGCAACGAGGGCGUGCCGGUCGCGUAUGGGAAGGAGCGCAUUGCGUGUGAGUUCUGGCCCGGCGCGGUGGAUGGGAGGGCGGAUAUGGGGGGGCGGCCUGUGGAGAGGGAGAUGCUGGUUUAUGUUGAUCGGGAGAGGACGACGCCGGAUAGGCCGCGGGAGGAGUAUGUGUAUAGGAUGAAUCAGGGGAUUCGGGAUGCGGUGGCGCGGGGCGUGCCGGAGGAGUAUGUGGAGAGUGUGAUGAGGAAGUUUAUUCCGGAGGGAGAUGAUGAGGACGAGAAGAAGAUUGGGGAGUUUGCGAAGACGCAGGCGGCACAGUUCAAGGACGAGAGUGGGGUGUUCGAAUAG